UUCAGAACAGUGUUGUCCCUGUAUUUGCACGGAGGCGUCGACGCCCCUCUGCCAUCUUACAGUGAAGUACUCCUGUGUACAUCGGAUUCUACGACAGAGGAGAUCGUGUUACUCUGGAAAAGAGCCGUGACUGACCAAACAGGUAGAAUAUUUUGCUUGGUGAACAUCGAUCAGCUGGAUCAUGACGUCAGUGUAAAAGCUGAAGAGGAACGCUCAAAGCUGAUGCAGCGACAUUCAGGAUGCCAUUUAGUUCUAACGUGCGCCAGGGAGACACAGCACCAGUCUUACAUCGCUACGGCCCUGGAACAGUAUCGGGUACAACAAUUCACGUCCAGGCCCCUCGAGGAUAUCCAAGCUUACCUGUCAACGCAACUUGUUCAGAGCAAUUCCAUACAUGGCACUGAACCUGCAAGCAGUCUUGACUACCAAAGGAGCUCCGUGCGUGUGAUCUCAUCUGACAGACCUGGUCUGGGAAAGUCUCUGUAUGUGCAGCGUCUUGCCGAGAAGCUACGGGCUAAAACAGGAUCGACCAGAAGCACGUCUUGCUAUCAAAAGGUUCCGUUUCAUGAGGCGGUCAUUGAUGUGGACACUGUCUUAUCGGCUCUGAAUGUAAAAGAGCAAGAUCCUGAGAAACCAACGCCGACGAUCAUCCACAUUGAUAUGUCUCCACUGGUGCGCAAGGGAUUGGACUAUUUCCUUUUCAAUCUGACCGUUCUCGGCCGUGUGAUGGGGAAAGAUGGCAAAGUCUGGCUGCGACUCCCAUGGGACCUGUACCUCAUCGAGAGGACUUCGGGUGCGACAGAUGACCAGACGGCUGAAGCAUCAAACAACCGUCAUGUACCGUUUGUGACAUUUCUGCCCUCUGCUACUUGCCGGGCUCCAACCGAGAUACUUGCCUUGGAGCAGGAGGCAAGAGAAGGUAUGAUAUAUACAUGUAACGUUCCUUUUCAAAGAGAGCGAGGAGCACAGGAUCCCGUCAUGGAUGCAACUCUCUUCUCUACUGAGGAGUUCCAGAGACCUUAUCACUACCUACGGCACUGGGAGGCUGGAGAAGACUUAGACAAACUCACAUUUACACCUGGUUCUGUUGUUGACAACCAUGCCGACUUUCUGAAUGUUGUACUCCGUCAUUGCGGAAUCAAGGAUCCAUCCUGGGCAGAACUUCGUCACUUCCUUUCCUUCCUGAAUCACCAGCUCAGAGACUGCGAGCAGAACGUCUUCUGCCAGUAUGAAUUCCGCGACAGUCUUCCUGGACUGAAGAAGUUUGUCGUUGAAUUCAUGAUUAUCAUGUCCAAGGAUUUCGCGACUCCCUCCCUUGAGAUGGCCGAUGAAAGCCCGUCGUUCAAAGUACUAGUGGACGUUACAGAGGCAAAUGACAACGCAGAGACAGCAAAGGAUCCCAUUCAAUACCAUCUUCGUCGAAGAUGGGAAAAUUGCCCUCAUCCAUACCUGUUCUUCAACUCCGAUCGCCACACGAUGACAUUCCUCGGCUUCAAUGUGGAUGCAAACGGAGACAUAAGGGAUCCGACCGACAACAGUGUCCUACAGCACAGGUUCAUGACCAAACCACUAAGGCAAAGUUUGGUCGUACAGCGGGUAGAGUUACAGGACAACUUUGAGAAGAAGCAAAGGAGUGCCAAGAUCGAUAAACUACGCAAGGUCAUGGGGCUGGAUAAAGGCGAAUACUUUGACCCUGACGAGAGUUAUGAGCUGACAACAGACAACGUGAAGAAGAUUUUGGCAAUACACAUGCGAUUCAGGUGUAACAUCCCUGUCAUCAUAAUGGGAGAAACAGGCUGUGGUAAAACACGCCUUGUGAAGUUCAUGUGCGACCUACAGGCAGGACCAACUUCCAAGACCAACCGACCCAAGAAUAUGGUUAUCAUGAAGCUUCAUGGAGGUGUGACCGCAGAGGACAUCAUCCGUACAGUAACAAAGGCACAGAGGCUAGCCACAGAAAACCGGCGCCGACACAACGUCGAAACUGUCCUUUUCCUCGACGAGGCAAACACAAGUGAAGCUGUCGGGCUGAUCAAAGAGAUCAUGUGUGAUGGGACUGUGAAUGGCAAAGCUUUGCCUACAGGAGAAGACAGUCUGAAGAUAGUAGCAGCUGUCAAUCCCUAUAGGCGGCACACGAAAGCUAUGAUCCGUCGUCUUGAACAAGCUGGACUUGGCUAUCAUAUCAGGGCAGAACAAACAGAGGACAAACUUGGUCGCAUCCCAAUGAGGCAGUUGGUCUACCGGGUCCAGCCCCUUCCACCCAGUAUGCUACCUCUUGUUUGGGACUUUGGUCAGCUCAACAGUCAGACUGAACGGCUGUACAUUGAACAGAUGGUCAAGAGAUGUGUGAGUGAAGACCGGAUCCCUGCAGAAUCAAUAGACGUGGUAACGGCCGUGCUGACAACAUCUCAAGAAUUCAUGAGAGGAAAGAAGGAUGAGUGCAGCUUUGUGAGUCUUCGAGAUGUAGAACGCACUCUCACUGUCAUGGCUUGGUUUUUGCAAAUAAUGCCGGUCUUAUCAGCCCUGAUGAACAAAAAGAUUGCUGACCAACCCCAAACCCAGGUCACCGACGUAUGCCGAGCACUCAUCCUCGCACUGGGUGUGUGUUAUCAAGCCCGAUUGGAGAAACGGAACGACUACAGAAAGGCGAUUGCAAAGCUAUUCAAAGGGCAACUCUUCAAGCUACCUAAGGGGGCAAAAACAAUUGAAAAGGAAACCGAAAUAUGCCAAGAUGUUUUCCUGGACCAGUUGGACACCCUUCUAGCGCCAAACAUUGCCCGAAAUACUGCUCUCAAGGAGAAUGUCUUCAUGAUGGUGGUUUGCAUCGAGCUGCGAAUUCCCCUGUUCCUCGUGGGGAAACCUGGGAGUUCAAAGUCGUUGGCAAAAAGUGUGGUCAGUGACGCCAUGCAAGGAGACUCCGCUCCCUCGGAUUUCUUCAAGAGACUGAAACAGGCCCACAUGGUGUCCUUCCAGUGUAGCCCGCUUGCUACCCCAGAAAGUAUCGUGAAGACUUUCCAUCAGUGCAGCAUGUUCCAGCAAGACAAAGACCUCACCAAGUUCGUGUCUGUCGUUGUUUUGGAUGAAAUUGGGCUUGCGGAGGACUCACCGAAGAUGCCAUUGAAGACGCUACACCCUUUGCUGGAAGAAGGUUAUGUGGAGGAAAGCAGCAAUGGCGGCAACACUGACGCUAAGCAAAAGAAGGUGGCCUUUGUGGGAAUCUCCAACUGGGCUCUCGACCCUGCAAAAAUGAACCGCGGGAUUUUCCUGUCGAGGGGAGUUCCAGACAACGACGAUCUCAAGAAAAGUGCAAGGGGCAUAUGUGAACAUGACGAAAUAGUCAUGACGCAGCUGCAGACCAUGUUGGGCAGCCUAGCCGGCGCAUACACAGAUCUCUAUCGACCACAGUUGAAGGACAGGGAAUAUUUUGGUCUUCGUGACUUCUACAGCUUGAUCAAAAUGGUGAGCAACUUCUGUCGAACAUCUGGCCAACCUCCUUCACGUGCCCAACUGGAACAUGCCAUCAGGAGGAACUUCAGUGGUAGAGACGACAUAGACCCUCUCCAAAAGUUCCGCAAAGUUCUCGAGACCUGUGCUGAUCAAAAGGGGAGGCCAACCGAUCCGGACUGCAGUCCGCUUGGCCUCAUUGGAGCCAGUCUACAAAGUGUCCAUAGUGACAGCGAAGGGCGAUAUCUACUGAUUCUGACAAAGAACUAUGCUGCUCUGAGCAUUUUGCAACAAAAAAUGCUCGAUCCCAGGAGCACAGUCAUCCUCUUCGGCAGUAGUUUUCCUCAAGACCAGGAAUAUACACAGGUUUGUCGUGACAUCAAUCGUAUCAAAGUCUGCAUGGAAACAGGGCGAACCGUUGUCCUACUCAACCUGGAGAACCUAUACGAAAGUCUGUACGAUGCACUGAAUCAGUACUAUGUGGAAAUGGGCGGACAGAAGUAUGUCGACUUGGGCCUCGGUACUCACAGGGUCAAGUGUCGUGUGCAUAAGGACUUCAGGUUGGUUGUCGUUGCCGAAAAGGACAUUGUCUAUGACAAGUUCCCGAUCCCUCUCAUCAAUCGACUGGAAAAACACUUCCUUUCUGUGUCAACGAUACUGACUCCUGCACAGAAUGGUAUUGCCAAGAGGGUGGAUGAGUGGGCCAAGGCGUUUGUCAAUGUGGACGUUGCCAGAAACACAUCCAUGAACAGAAGUAGAGAAAAGCCUGCCGAUGCCUUCAUUGGGUACCACGAGGACCUUCCCGCCACUGUUGUUCUUCAAGUGUUUCAAGACGUCGACACCAAUGACGACAACUGGGAGGAAAAGGUCACAACCCAUGGCCGUCUGCUAUCAAGGCAUGACCUUCCACAUCUGGCAGAGACGCUUGGCCUACGAGAAGCUGUUGUGCAGCUUCUUUCGUUACAACAAUUUGACACGGAGCAACAGUUCAGCAGGCGUAUUAGGCAUUUUCUGGAGCAAACACUGGCCGAGGAAGGUCUUUUGGUUGUGCAGUGUGACUCUGGUGACAUCAACUCCAACCUGAUUGCCUGUGCCUCAUACACAGUCCAGACCGAACGAGCCCAGACCGGCAACCUAAAGUCCAGCGUGGUCUUUGUGAUUCAACUCCCCAGGAACACAAGAAAAGGAUUCUCGGGUCUUGGUGGUGGGCAGUGGCUGUGCUAUCACAUCGAUGAUGUUCAUCCGCCAAACGACUAUUCCCCAGACGUUGCCGCCAUGCUUGGCAAGUCAGUCAGUAGCCUUGUCAAACCCCGGGUCGCAACCCAACCAGACCGGGAUGAUGACGGGUUGACUGACAUCUGUGAAUCAAUUGACUCCAUCCAUAUCGAAGACGACAAAGAUCCUCAUCAGAACCUGACGUCGGAAAGUUUGGCCCCUCCACAGGACCAGCAGAGAAUAUCAACACCGCAAGCCGUCAACGCUAACGACCUGAACGACGGGAUAGAACCGGAAGAAUCAAAGAUUGAGGAAGAUCUUGACUUCGUGAUGAACAGAAGAACCAUCGACAGAAUCGACCUUCUGUUAAAGCUUCUUGCAAACAAAGGAAAACAACAUGAAGCUCGGCUGACAUUUGCUGAAGUGCUGAGAGGCAGAGUAGCACUUCUGUUGGAGGAGCAGGAAGAGUCUCGGGUGCACAUGGGGUCGAACUGGCUCUCACAAGAGGCGGCGGCGUCCAAAGCUAUUCGCCAGGCAGGGACUUUCAGACAAGCGGCAUGGGUCUAUCUGUUGUCAGUUGUAUCCCCCAUGCUGGCCGAGGUCAUUGCGUUCUUCGACAGGAACUCAAAUCUGGAUCUACUGAUAAAGACAAAAGAAGAAUGGUUGCAUCAGCUUUGGCUUGGUAUUGCGGCCAACGAUAAGGCAGUUAAUCUCCAUUACGAAGACUGUCUUUCUCCAAAGAAACGUACUGUCCGUGAGACGGUGCCUGUCCAGACAUCCGGGUACGAUGGUCAGCUACUCCAGUGCCAGCUUCCGUUUUCCUGGCUAAUCAAGGAGUUAGUGGACAAGUUGUGGCAAGAUGCCAAAGCGAUGCCAGGAACAUCGGAGUCAUUUAAUGAUAUACUUAGAAAUACAUUUGACGAGACUGAGAUUGGCCAACAGCUCAGCAAAACGACAAAGUUGUGUAGAGAUCCCGCCGAGGUCAUAGUGAGAUACAUCUAUGACUAUGUCUAUAUGACUCACAAGAUCACUUCGGGCUCAGACGUGGAGGUCAGGCUUAUCUGCAGAGCAGUGGAACAUGCCGUGUUCAUGGUGAGGCAGAGGCAGGAAAUCCCACAGGCACCCCACAUCACAGACGUGCAUGUGGCUGUUGACGACGGAGUCCGCGGCUGUCUGUCCCGUUUCUCCCAGCUGGUGGAAUUUUGGCCAGACCAGCUUCCAACUCUAGAGACCGCUCUGCGUAACCGUUCAAAUAUGAAACUCGAUGUUGCAGCUUUGCGCUUGGCCCUUGAGAAACUGACCGAAGAACUCUGGCAGUUGACAACGGUCAAGGAUAAACAACCUUGGAUGUCCAAGUUACAGUCAGUUGGUUUGCUGGCGGAGGAUCUUUUGGCGGCCUACAAAGUAAGCUCUUCUGAACAACAACAGGAUGGGCAGCUGCAACAUUCCCUUCACGGGUGUCGAUGCUUACUGGCACGCCUACGUGUUGUAAAACUGUACAUUGACCACCUGUGCGGAGCGGAUCAACCACUACCCAUGCAACAGGUUGAAAAGCUUUGGAAGUACUUGGACGACCAACCGGAUUUCAAGACUAAAACAACCAUGAAGAAGCUGGAACUAUUCCUUGUCACGCAGAGCAAGCAAGCAGCUUCCAAACAUUUUGCUGCUGGUAAAACUGAAUGCUGUAUUUGUCUGGACGAGUUGAGCCAACCUGUCAUACUACCGUGCAAACAUGUAUGUGACCAGGGCUGCCUUAAAAACUGGUUAAGGCCUGACAGACGGACGUGCCCAACAUGCAGACAGCCUGUCCCGGGAGACUUCCAACUUACCGUGUCUAUGCAAUCGAGGGAAGCACUUCGGAAACACCAGGACUUCAGACGUCGAAGCAAUGCGUUUUUCAUGGAUGUCGUGUCGAUGUUCUGCUUUGCUGAUGAUACACCACCGAAACAGGAGGUCAUUGACAUGCUUCUUGGAUACAUCGUGAGGGAGGUGGAUAAAAACCGGGCCAGAACGAAGGGCUUCUCUCCGUUUGAAGACGACUGUGUCGAUCGAACGCCCAUCAUUCGGUCUUUCCUGCUGCAGCUGCUGCUACGCUUCAAGUUUGCUGACGUGUGUGCACAUUUGGAGUCAUACUUUGAAGGGGCCCGAGACUUUGCUGGAAGCAUUGAAGAUGCUAUAGAAGUCUGCAUCAUUUUUGUCCAGUGCAUGGAGAAUGCCUUGAGCAGUCAAGUAGACCGUACGCCAGGACGACUAGCUCAUCUCGUAGAACUGGCUGCCAGGGAACAGCAAAAAGCAGCACGACUUUGCAAAGGGUUUCCAAGCAUACCUCUAAUGUUACAGUUAAAUAUGAUAGCUUCCAUCCGAUUCGGCCUGUCUGUUGCAUGUGACUUAAUGUACAUCGAAGUAAAUCAGCCAACGGGACGCGUCUUCAACGACCACAGCCAACGAGCUCUUCGAAGGUUGUUUGAGAAUGUUCAAGCACUCUUCAGCGUUUCUGAAGCAGUGACAAGGUGGCCAAAGGUGUUCAUUCCGAAGUAUCUGUACAGACGACACGGCCUAGACACACUGCUGUCUAUAGGCCAGUCCAAAGGAUCACAAUGGUUUCUGCCAGCUGAAUUGCGUGGCAAUCAGGAAGAAGUUGUGCCGGACCGCUUUGUUGUCUAUGGAGAAGCAUAUCAACGAAUAAGAGAGGCAACAGCAAAAGCCAUCCUCACAAAUGACAGCAAUCAGCUAGUCCACGCUCUUCAGAAACCUGACGUUCCACAACGCGACAAAGAAGUGCUGACGCUUCUCGCCAUUUUCACGGAAGUUACAUUGGCAGUAGUCUCGACAGAACAGAAUGCAAACGUCAUAUGUCAGAUGCAACAGAUGUUGGUCCAGUUUUCACGCUCUACAGCAGUCAUCAGAAACAAGGAACUUGCUGAACAGUUAAUCAAGAACAAGAACGGUGGACAUUGUACGAGGCUUUCACUCGAACCAAAUCAACCCCCUCGACAGCGAAGUGUCUCGGCACUGAUCAUCCACUUCGGCGUUGUACUGGCUACAACUCCAUCGAACCCUCUGUUAGAACCGCUGAAAGCCCUGGUUGUUGCGCCCCAUAACAUGAUGGCACACUACCUACCGACAAUGCCAGAAGACCCCUUACCAGAAGUAAAGAAGGCUUUUGCAAGCCAAGACGUUGCCUGGUAUCAGUGCCCUAAUGGCCAUCAUUACGUCAUCGGAGAUUGUACGAGACCUUAUUAUACGGGGAAAUGUCAUUGUGGGGCAGACAUUGGAGGCACUGGCCACAAACUUCUGACUGGAAAUCGUCCUGGAAGACAGGAUGAUGCUACAUCUACUGGGCACAUUAUUGGUGACGCUCAGGAUAGACACGAUCCUGCCCCGGAGAGGCAGCUUUCUCAAUUCGCAACCGUCAUGACGCGCCUUGUCCUGCAUGCAGCAAUGUUAAACGGUGCAAAUGGAAACCCACAGCCUUUUACCAACUUUGUUCGACCGGUGCCGGUGGACAUCAACGACUUCCUCUGGCGCCACCUCAAUCGUGACCUUGAUGACCUCGCAAGUGUCCUUGGCCGCAGCAUUGAUGACGCAACAUUGUUGGUGCACAUUCUGCUGACCAAUGUGCCUCACAUCAAUGCAGUAGGAGUCUGGAAUGUUGCAUGGACAUCGACACAGGGUCGCCAGAAUUGGGAAGAAGCCUUCAACAAUGCCUACAUCAAGCCACUUCUUCAGAAUCUGGACAGCAGACUUCAGGAAGCAAAUCGACUUGUUGACUGUGACCAUCGCCUUAUUGACACGUCGUUUCACCGCGUUUUGCACGACGACACAACUCGUCCUGAUCAACUAUCCCUGGAAAAUGUCAUCGGGCUCCCAGAGAUGUGGCAAUACCGACCCAGUGUGAGCCUGGAGCACAUGUCUCGCCGCUUUGUUGAACAUCAGGCGAGAUUCCCAAUAUUGAAGAUGUUCUUGGACAAUGCCAUCAUUUUGUCAGCCAUGUGUCACCUACCAGACAUUAUCCAUCUGACCACACUCCUGAAGACUAGAUAUCACCGCAACAUCGACCUAACAGAAGCACUAACAAUGAAGAUUGCCGACUUUCUGAAGAGCAUACCAGAAGGACAACAAAGGGACGAGUGUGAAAUGCUGGUGAAACGCUUCAGCAAUAUCUGGACCAACAUCCGACCAUUGCUUCUUCAGCAAGAUAACAUUCCUCGGCCCGAGAAUAUGGGCCCAGUCAUCGAUGUACAAACUACAAGUUUGUACCACCUGUUGCCAAUGAAGGAGGAUGCAACCAUCACGUCUUGUAUUACGGCUGUUGUUCUCUUCCUUAUAAGGAAGAACAACGAGUUCCUGGAUAUUUACCGGAAGACGUCCCAUGUGCAGGAUGAUGGUACCUUGAGGUGUUGGACUGACGUCAGCGCAAGUAACGUGGUAUCAUGUGACCCGGCCCGGGACCUCAUGCCCCUGGUUCUCAGCCACUGCAACUACUCCCUGGCAAUAGGAAAAGGAACGCAUGUUGGAUAUGACUUUGCGGCACUGGAGAAUCGACUGAUUGACCGCUUCUUGUGCGGGAAGUGCAAAAUUGUGGAGGAGUGCGAGACGUUCCAGUUCCGUCAGGAAGCUAGAGAUGUCGCCAUGUUCACUGCAGUUCGAAAACAAAUUCCACAGGAGACAAUCAGCAUCCCAAUACAACGGCAGAUUGUUUUGGAGUCAACAUCGCUUGAGAAUGUUUGUGUCUCACUGGCCGCCGUGGACAUUGCCAUUUUCUUCUUGGCAUCCGCUGGAGGAGAUGGAGAUAGACUGCUUGGUGAAUAUCUCCACAGGGUUCUAAAGAUGGGGAAAGCUUCACGCCUUCACAGCGACAAGGUGCGAAACUACUGUCGUCUGAAACAUGCCUUGUCACUUUGGCAACUUUUAUCUGUUCAGCGAGCGCGACUGUUGCUGGCAAAUGGCCAGGAUCCCUUCGACAAUGUCGACACAAAACAGUUAGAAGAGGAGCAGGUAACGACCCUUAGAAAUGCCCUAAAGAACAUUGACGUCAACACCCUGUGUGCAGAGAUAUACGAGUUUUUGGUUGUUUCUGAUGACAAGGAGAAAAGGAAGCCAGAAUGGAGUCUACGUGAUACACUUGCCGGUUACUUGGACGAGAAGGACGCUCCUGAGAUCAACGGUUUCCUGACUUACUUCCCAGAAACCAUCCUGUUAGAGCACGCCUGCGACACCUGGCGGAUUCUCGCUAACUACAAUCAAGAGGAGGACUCAACUUCUGGCAACUGAAACCUUCGAAGAUUACAUAAUUAACCAGUAGUAAAUACAAAGUUCAACGCAUGAUAAUUGGGUAUAUCAAGAGCCUUUAAUUGAUCAUUAAUU